GGUCGCGUGGCGGCGCUGUUGCUGUUUCGUGACGCGCUUGUUGGCAGUCGCAACUUUCACGUUGCAGCGCUCGCAAGCCGGAGGCGAUUGCGGAGGGAAAGAAAAAAAAUUCAAGCCCGGCGGCGGAAUCGGCAGCAGACGAACGAGCCCGGCCCGGCCCGGCCUGGCCCGGCAGCAAGCAGCACGCCAUGGCGAGACGGGCACCGCUGCCCGCACCGGGCCGCGAGGGCCUCGCGAGCGCCAAAUGCUUCGCGCUGGGCCUCUGCGUGGUGGCCCUUCCCCUGGCCUUCGAGGCGGCCUGGUCGGGCGUCGGAGGCCGCGUCGCUUCGGUCGUCUACCUGGCGCUGGUGAACGCGGGGCUGCUGGUCGCCUACCGCGGCCGACACGACCUCUACCAAGUGGCUGUCAGAGCAUGCUUCCUGGGCUUCGCGUUUGGCUGCGGUUUGAUUCUCAGUUUGAGCAACACAUCUUGGAAGCAUUUUGGCUGGUACGUGUGUUCGUUGAGCUUCUUCCACUACUCGGAGUACCUGGUGACAGCGCUCAUCAACCCGCGGAGCCUCAACCUCGACUCGUUCCUGCUCAACCAUAGCCUGGAGUACAAGCUGGCCGCCGUCGCCUCUUGGGUGGAGUUCACCCUGGAGAUGCUCCUCUUCCCCGGCCUGAAAGACGUGCGGUGGCUGAGCGUGGCGGGGCUGGCCAUGGUCGUGGGAGGCGAGGCGCUGCGCAAGGCCGCCAUGCUGACGGCCGGCUCCAACUUCAGCCACAUCGUGCAGAGCGAGCGCUCCGAGAGCCACCAGCUGGUCACGCGCGGCGUCUACGCCUUCUCGCGACACCCCUCCUACGUGGGCUGGUUCUACUGGAGCAUCGGCACGCAGAUCGUCCUGUGCAACCCGCUGUGCGUGGUCGGCUACACCGUCGCUUCGUGGCGGUUCUUCCGGGAGCGGAUCGAGGACGAGGAACUCACGCUGCUCAACUUCUUCGGGGAGCAGUACAUGGACUACAAGACGAACGUGCCCACUCGGCUUCCCUUCAUCGACGGCUUUCGAGUAGAACUCUAGCUCCCGUUUUUGUUUCCUCUCGCCUCGCCCCCCCCCCCCCACCACCACCACCCGUUGAAUCGCACAAUUUUGCUCCGGCCUUUUUCCGACCGUCCUCCUCUCCCUCCUCCUGCUCAUCCUCGUCCUCCCACUUGCACAAAGGAACAAACGUGCGUCUGCGAAGCAGGAAAUUGCGAGCAAAGGACAACCAUCUAAGCGAUCGACGAUUGGCAAAGGAAAAAAAAGACAAGACGGAAUUAGCACGCGGCGUGCGAUCGCACAUUUUAGGUUACGGUUUUAGAAAGAGGACUGGUGAAAAUGGGCCUGUAGCGCUGGCUACGCGUGGUGGCUUGCAACAGGUAUCCUUGGAGCUUUUAUUGCUUAUAGGGUGUCCAUAGGGUUUAAUUAUUUAUUAUUCCUCCUCAUCGUCGUCUCUCCGUUCCACCAGCUCAUCGGUGAUGGUGGGAGGCGAACGCGUUUCCGGCGUGAUUCUCUCUAGGGCCAGCAUCGCUGCAUACGUCCAAUCUCGAUUCUUUUUUCUUCUCGAUUUGCUUUUACCCCAGCAUCUAUCCACCUGAUUUUACUGUCUUCACCUCCGCCACUCCCCCUUUUUCCACCUUUGUGUCGCAUCACCAAGUGAUAGGGGACCCUGUCCGGGUUCGCCCCGUGUAACGUGACCGAACCACUGUUGUCUUCUCGCCUUGACUAUCGUCCUACGAGGUCAUUUUUCACUCCACUGUUUUCUCACAUCGCGAGUUUUCUCGGCCUCUCUCGUUAAGACAGCUGCGACCGAGGUUGAUUGUUUGGAGGUUAUGAGAGAGGUGUGUUUGGCGAAAAAAAAACCUCCAAAUAUCUUGAGCGAUCUCUCAGUGGCACUAAACAGAAGCGUUCAAAACAAUCACAGCCGAGAUGCUGAACACCUGGGAUGCUCCAACACCGCGGCGGACACGCGGAGGUUCAGAGGGAUGAGACUCGCAUGGUAGAAUCUUCACAAGACCAAGUGUGUGCGUCCGUUUAUGUUUUCGUCAAAACGAGCUCACAUUGCUCUCAUAUGUUUACAGUUCUUUGUUAGUCCACUGCUGGAUAAAGUCGUCUGUACACCGUGUCGGUUUCAGGGGAUUUUUUAAGCGUAUUUCACCACACUGGUCCAUGUGGUUUGGUAAAGUGAGAGGGUGCCCCAGGACCGGGCCAGGAAUGUGAUGGACCGCAGUGGAGGGGCUGAAUAGUAUUCGAUGAUGAUGUUACCCACAACGCCAUGCCUGCACUUAUCUUAUUAUGCUUUAAUCAUGGAUGAUAUUUUUACAGACGCCCUGUAUAGCAACUGCUGUGUAACUUUACAGUUACAACAUCUGAAGUGCACAGGGCACUUUGUAACGAGUCACAGUUGAGGGCAGCCGCGCUUAAGCAUACUUCACGAAGCGCAGCACGACAGGCGACGUAUUUAGCCAAGCUCCUGAAGAAGUGCCCAACGCGUGGAGCGAAACGUCGGACGUUGUGCCGGACAAUUAGCACGGUUGGCUACGCACCUCCGGUGAGCACGGUUGGCUAUGUACGGUGCGAAAGAAGUUCAACGUACAUGCAGCAACACGUGGUACAACCCGAGAACGCAUAGGAGAGCUGUACGGCGGCUAAACCUGAAUCGGAACAUUUAUGCUGGAGAAAUCCGAUAAGCUAUGAAGCUCUUUUUUUUCACAGGAUGUCCAAACCGCGAGAACCUUCUCAGCGGCUGACUUGACAAUUUUGCAUCGCCCAGAAAUCUGUUGCCGCUCUUGGUGAAGUUUUAUACGGGAGGUUUUUUUUGUUGUUGUUGCGCUGACGGCCCAGUGCGGAGGGGAGGGCACUUGCCAAUAACAUCAGGUACAGCAGCAGGAUUUGUUCAGCGAGCCCGACUCUGCUGAUGAGCCCCAGAAGGGCGAAACCGGUCCCAGAAUUUGCGUGCGUGAACAAAUUGUUGCUGCCACUUGACGUAAGUCUGUAAAUGUUUGAAAUACAGAACAGGAAGCGAUGUUUCAUUUCGACGGAGCAGUCCUUGUGUUCGUGGAAGCGCCGCGCAAUUGCUGCAUCUGGGAUUGGCUUAAUAAUUUAAAAUUAUUUUUUAAUGCAUCGUUUGACUGUUAUAUACAAAUAAUGGAGCAAAUUCAUAAAGGUGUAUAUGUUAUACGGG